AUGACAUCAAGUGAAUCCUUCGAUGAGGAGGGGGAAAUAUUCGAAACAGAAGUAGAGAAGGCACCUCCAUCGCUGCCUUCGGUCUCUGGCCCCAGCGUUGACCGUAUUUCCAAUAGAAAUAAUAGAGGCUCGAGAUCGCCUGUCGUUUCCAACCACAGCGACGAUGCGCGAUCCUCCUCGUCCCGCCAUGACCGUCGUGAUCGUCAAGGUCCCCGCGAUGAUUCCCGUGACUACCACUAUCGCAGUGACGACUACCCCCGAGGCGAAAAACGCAGGAGAGGCGAUAGCAGGGGCGACCGUGGCCCAGACCCACGCCAACAUCGUGUGCACUACGAAGCCGGCAAUGAUCCCAAUUAUGGACGUCGCUCGAGAGUUUCGUAUGCAGAUAUAGAUCGGUCGGACCCUCGGGAAUUUAAUAGAGUGCCCUAUGACAGCCCGGACGAGAGAUAUCAGAAUCGUGAAUCAAAGCGAUCACGUACACAGAGUCGCUCCCCGCCGCGAGGACCGAGAGGUGAUGGUAGAGGUGGUCGUCGGGGUCAUUAUGAUGAUAACAGACGUGAGAAUGGCAAUAGGUACCACGAAAGAGAUACAGUAAGGCACAACGGCAGCCAUAGGAAUUCCCGUGAACAAUCAGUGAGCGAACAGGGAGAUUUAUCCGACCCUUCAAAACGAGAUGCUGAAAACCGGAGCAAAGUGUCAGAUAGGACGUCGUCGUUCUCGGGAGCUCAGAAGACGACAAACGGAAGGAACGUUGAAAAGAGCGGUGUACUCAAACGAGAUUUUGAAGAAAUUGAAAUUGAGGAACCGGUUGAUGAAGCUAGCUUAAUUGAGGAACGGCGAAAGAAAAGAGAGGCCAUUAAAGCUAAAUAUAGGGGACAAGCUACACCAUUGCUUGUUUCGGCAUUGGGCCUUGAUUCGACACCCAAUUCUCCAGCAGAGGGUAGCGCUACACCUGCAACGCCGUCAUCACGAGAACAUACGCCAGGCGAUUUUACCAUUUCAAAAGACGCCGACUAUGAUCCUACCAUAGACAUGCAAGAGGAUGCAAAAAGAGGUCAAGAACACAGACACAUAAAGGAAGUCUCUUCCGAUUCCUAUGAUGAAACUAAGACCACAGUCAAAGAUGUUCUCCCUGAGAAUGCUUCGGAGAAGAACAAGCAAAAACCAGUAGAGAAAGCAGAUGACGAUGAUUUUGAUAUGUUUGCAGAAGGUGAUGAUGAUAUUCCCGGUUAUCCCGCGGCGAAGCAACUAGAUGCUAGUUUAUUGGACAAUUGGGAUGAUCCAGAUGGAUAUUACCGUGUUAUCCCUACGGAACUACUUGAUGGUCGAUAUCAUGUGCAGACAAACUUGGGAAGGGGUAUGUUCUCGGGGGUUGUUAGGGCGCUUGACCAAACCACGAAUAAACAGGUAGCCAUCAAGAUCAUCCGAAACAACGAAACAAUGAAAAAGGCCGGCAUAAAGGAAAUCGAAAUAUUAAAGAAGCUGUGUGCUGCAGAUCCCGAGGAUAAAAAGCAUCUCAUCAGGUUAGAACGAUAUUUCGAACACAAGGGCCAUCUUUGUAUUGUUUUUGAAAACUUGAGCAUCAAUCUCAGAGAGGUAUUGAAGAAGUAUGGCCGAAAUGAGGGUAUUAGUCUAGCAGCAGUACGGUCAUAUGCUCAACAAAUGUUCCUUGGUUUGUCACUCAUGCGCAAGUGCAACAUCUUGCACGCUGAUCUGAAGCCUGAUAAUGUUUUGGCAAAUGAGAACUGUAGCAGUUUGAAAAUCUGUGAUUUAGGAUCGGCCUCUGAUGCGUCAGAAAAUGACAUUACUCCUUACCUUGUCAGUCGAUUCUACAGGGCCCCCGAAAUUAUUCUGGGUAUUCCUUACGAUUAUGCCAUUGAUAUGUGGUCUAUAGGCUGCACUCUCUACGAGCUCUUUACUGGCAAGAUUCUCUUUACUGGGCGUACAAAUAAUCAGAUGCUUCGCUCAAUAAUGGAAUGUCGAGGAAAGUUUCCGCAUAAGCUUUUACGAAAGGGGCAAUUUACAAUGCUACAUUUCGACGAUAUGUUGAAUUUUAGGAGUAUCGAGAAAGACAAAAUCACUGGAAAGGACAUUAUCAAAACUUUGAACUUUAAUAAACCAACUCGUGAACUCCGGCCCAGGCUGCUUUCCGCUGCCUCAGGUAUGACGGAUGCAGAAAGCAGAGAUCUGAACCUUUUUAUUGACCUGUUGGACCGCUGUUUGAACCUGAAUCCAGAAAAGAGGUGUACACCAGCUGAGGCACUGAAACAUCCUUUCAUUCAUCGUAUCACUACUAGGUAG